CCCUGCCCCCCUGCCCGCGCGCCGCCCGUGGCGAUGAGCGCCCCGGGGUCCGCGCGCGCCGCCGAGGCGCCGCCGCCGCCGCUCCCGGCCGCGCGGUCCCUCCUCCGGCACGUGCGGCUGGAGAGCAUGGCGGCCGGGCUGAGCGGCGGCGUCGUCUCCACCCUGGUGCUCCACCCGCUGGACCUGGUCAAGAUCCGCUUCGCAGUAAGCGAUGGAUUGGAGCUAAGGCCAAAAUACAAUGGGAUUCUCCACUGUAUGACCACUGUCUGGAAGCAUGAAGGACUCCGAGGCUUAUAUCAAGGGGUAACUCCAAACAUGUUGGGAGCAGGGGCUUCCUGGGGACUUUACUUUUUCUUUUACAAUGCCAUCAAAGCUUACAAGAAGGAAGGGAAGCUGGAAAGUCUCAGUGCUACUGAACACUUAGUGUCAGCUGCAGAGGCUGGAGCCAUGACUCUCUGUAUGACAAACCCAAUAUGGGUAACGAAGACACGACUUGUGCUACAAUACAACGCUGGUGUUGAUCCAUCAAAGCGGCAAUACAGCGGAAUGCUUGAUGCUCUUAUAAAGAUAUACAAGAUGGAGGGCAUACGUGGCUUAUAUAAGGGAUUUGUGCCUGGUCUGUUUGGCACUUCACAUGGAGCACUUCAGUUCAUGGCAUAUGAGGAUUUGAAACUGAGAUACAACAAGUAUAGAAACAGAGUAUCAGAUGCAAAAUUGAACACUGUGGAAUACAUAACGAUGGCAGCUGUAUCCAAAAUAUUUGCUGUGUCAGCAACAUAUCCCUAUCAAGUUGUGCGAGCUCGUCUUCAAGAUCAGCAUAAUACGUAUUCUGGUGUGUUUGAUGUGAUCCGCAGGACAUGGAGGAGAGAAGGAAUUCAUGGAUUUUACAAAGGAAUUAUCCCCAAUGUGAUCAGAGUGACUCCUGCCUGCUGUAUUACCUUUGUUGUUUAUGAAAAUGUGUCUGGUUUUUUACUUGGUUUUAGAAAAGAAAAUAAUUAAAGGUAUGAGCUUGUGUUAAUAAGGAAUCUAUCCUUUUAUAUGUACAUAUUUAUGAUCUGGGAGAGAUUUAGUUCAGCAGUCUUUUUUGACACUGUGAACUGAUCUAGUAUUUUGAGGAAAGAAUCCGGAGAUAGAGGAAAACCCUGACAACAUCUCAUCUGCUGAAUGUUCCUGCAUUGCUGCCUUCCUGUCUGAAUCAGCUGUGUCUGCUUGCAACAGAUGUCUCUGCAACUGUGAAAUAAUAGCACUGUGACUGGGUGAGGGCAGCUGUGAAGCAAUUCAGUUCAUCCUAGCUUGUCUGGAAUAACGGACUAAUCUGUUUUGACAAGUCUCACGUUGGUCAGAUUCUACUCCUACAGAAGUGGAAAACUUCAUAAAAAAGCAACUCUGGGGUCUGUCAAAACUAACUCUUGAGCCUCAUGAAGAAAGCAUGUAUGUAGUUGUUUACAGCAAUGUCUUCUGAAUCCACCUCUGUGGUAUUUGUCAAAUUUUAGGACACAGAAUGCUCCAAAUUCCAUUGCUCAUCCAAUACAAAAAUGCUGCCUCGGUGGGGUGCAGUUUGGAAACCAGCUGUCCAUUCUUGGGUUUGAGUAAUUGCCAAUCUGAUGAAACCCAUUUCUUGUCUCAUACCAGGACAGACUUGCAUUGUGGGUUUUGGCUUGCUUUUAGCACCAGACCAAAAUGUAUGUUGUGUGCAUUGCUGACCACUUACUUAAUUCAUUUUCUCUCUCUUCCCUGUCUGCCCUCUCAAUCUCUCUCUCUCUGCAAGAUUGUUUCCAUUACUGAUACAUCUAACCAAAUAUUACUAAGUAAAUGCCUAUUUGAAAGUAGGCUUACACUUUAAAAAAGUUUUUUUCCUAGUAAUCCCAUAGUGAUACAGUUUUCAAACCACUGUAAUAACAAAUAUGAACAUGCUUAUUUUCAAUAAUAUUCUCUGGGAAAAAAAUAAUUCUGUAAGUAGUCUAAAAAAUACUGUGCACAGGACUUUCUUUAAAAAAGCUAAAGCAGUCCAUUAAUGUCUUCUGAUUUGGUCUAAGGAAAGGACUGUAAGACUAUAUUGAUUGCCAACUUAGUGAUAAACUAAAUUACAGUACAUCUCAGUAAA